UCCAGCGACAGCAUCGCCACCGCCACCGCCUGGGUCCGGGAGCGUGUGGGCGACCGAGGGCUUUGGGGGCUGGGGAACAAUGCGGGGAUCGCCAUCCCCACUGCCCCCAACGAGUGGCUGACGAAGGAUGACUUCGUCAAGGUGCUGAAUGUCAACCUGGUGGGUCUCAUCGAGGUGACAGUGAGCCUCCUGCCCCUGGUGCGGCAAGCCCGGGGCCGGGUGGUCAAUGUGGCCAGCGUGAUGGGCCGGAUCUCCUUUUUUGGCGGGGGUUACUGCAUCUCCAAGUACGGGGUGGAGGCCUUCUCUGAAAGUCUCCGGAUUGAGAUGCGCCACUUUGGGGUGAAGGUCUGCAUAAUCGAGCCAGGGUACUUCAAGACAGACAUCACCAGUGCUGAGACCCUGGAGAAGAAUUUUCUGGCCAUCUGGAAUAAAAUCCCAGAGGAAACCAGAGCAAGUUAUGGGGAGAGUUACCUGAAGGAGUUUUUGGUGUCUCUAAGGAAGAUGCAGAGCAGAUGCAAUUCCAGCCUGCGGCUGGUGACAGACUGCAUGGAACACGCACUGACCAGCCGCUUUCCACGCACUCGUUACUCGGCAGGCUGGGAUGCCAAGCUGUUCUACCUGCCCCUCAGCUACCUGCCCUCGGCUCUUGUGGACAUUGUGCUCAGCUGGUCCUACCCCAAACCUGCCCAGAGUGUCUGA